CUGCCUUUUACCCGCAGCACACGAGCCCUCUCAGACCGCACACAGAGCAACCAGCACCAUGGCCCACCGACAGAUGAGCAAGAAGCGCCAGUUCGUCGCUGAUGGCGUCUUCAAGUCUGAGCUGAACGAGUUCCUCCAGCGCUCCCUUGGCGAGCAGGGCUACGCCGGUGUUGAGGUGCGCAAGACCCCCAACCGUACCGAGAUCAUCAUCCUCGCCACCCGCACCCAGGAGGUUCUCGGCGAGAAGGGCCGCCGCAUUCGUGAGCUGACCGGCCUCGUCAAGAAGCGCUUCGGCUUCAAGGACAACGUCGAGCUCUUCGCAGAGAAGGUCGCCAACCGCGGCCUCUGCGCCAUGGCACAGUGCGAGAGCCUCCGGUACAAGCUGCUCGGAGGUCUUGCCGUCCGCCGUGCCUGCUACGGUGUGCUCCGCCUUGUUAUGGAGAGCGGUGCCAAGGGUUGCGAGGUCAUCAUCUCUGGCAAGCUGCGUGCCCAGCGUGCCAAGAGCAUGAAGUUUAACGACGGUUUCAUGAUCUCUGCUGGUCACCCCACCCGCGACUACAUCGACACUGCCGUCCGCCACGUUCUUCUGCGUCAGGGUGUGCUUGGUAUCAAGGUCAAGAUUAUGCGGCCAUACGACCCCACUGGCAGGAACGGCCCCUCGACUGUUCUGCCCGAUACGCUUGAGAUCCGUGAGCCUAAGGAGGAGGAUGUGCCAGAGAAGCCCUACGUGCAGCGCCUCGAUGAGGUCCCCGCCACAGCUUAAGCGCUGUGCUGCGCUGUCGUCGGUCGUUGUGUCUUCCCCUCUGUGUGCCUCCCUUUUCCGUUUGAUCGCGUGUUGAAAAUGAACUGAAACACGAACGUGCAAGACAG